AUGGAAAUAGAAUAAGAAGAACUUAAUUAAGAACAAAAUAUCCCUUUAUUAUGUGAGAUAGAUAGAAAAGCAUAGGCGAUUCCUAAAAAUUUAGGUCCUUGCAUAACAUAAGGAUGCAUUAAACCAACAAAGUAUGCUUGUCCCAAAUGCAAAUGCAACUACUGCAGCUUGGAUUGUUACAAAAAUCAUAAUGAAGCAUGUGUAAAUAAGUUUUAUGAAGAAAACGUUAUAGAAGAAUUAAAAAACAGAAAAGCAGAUGAGUAGACAUAAAAAAAAAUGAAUAAAUUGCUUAAAGAAUAUAAAGAAUAGCUAGAUCAAGAUAGAGAAGAAUUCGAGAUUCCAGAAAAAGAGUUAGAAAGGCUAGAGGAAUUAGAAGAUCUAAUGAUGUAGAAUGAGUUGGAUUUAGAUUGUUUGACAAUUGAAGAACAAAGAUAAUUUGCCGACUUCGUUAAAAACAACGAAUAAUUAUAAAAAUAUAUUAAGCCAUGGAAACCUUGGUGGCUUUUAGAAAAUGGACUCUUUUCCCUCUAUGUAGAAGAAAUAGAAACAGAAAAAGCAGAAUAAAAGAAAAACAAAGAUAGUUAGAUUCAAGAAGUUAUUGAUUUCAGAAGCUAAAUGUAGCAACGACUAAAAAAGCAAAUAUCAUUCAAAAUUCUUUGUAAAGUACCUCCUCAUAUUGACAUUCCAUACUAAUUAUCAAAUAUUAUAUGCGGAGCAGCCCUAACAUUCAGAAUGUUUAAUGGAGAUAUAUGGGAAAAUCCUCUAGAAUCCCUCAAUUUUCUAGUUUCUAUUUCAAUGAGUUUUAACCCAUAGAACAGAGUUGAAAUAGGAUCUAUUCAAAAUGCUAUGAACAAUGUAAUUACAAAUGCUCUGAGAAUUGAAUAAUAGAAUAUUAAAAAUUUUAUUCCUCUGCUAUAAGAAGAUAUGCAAACUAUUUUUAAGAAUAAGGUUUUUAUACUAGAAAUUCUGUAUAGAUUGUUUGAUCUACUCCAUGAAGGCUAAAUAGAAUUAAGAGAUAUGAUAGAAGAGUCUGAUGAAGGGCCAGUAAAGAAUCAGCAGAAAGAGAACCAAAAAGCAUUAGGAAAUAUUAAAUAGAAAAUAAUAUUUUUUAUAAGCUAUACGAAGGAUAUAGUUACUUAAGAAUAACUUUAAACUAUGUUAAGAGGAAUCAUAGAAUAUAAAUAAGAAAAGGAAUAAAAUAUUUAAAUUGAUGAUAAAAUUGGAUAAAUAAAAAAAUUAAGUUUACUUCUAUGA